AUGUUGCUUCGCAACUUCGUGGCCUUAGGCCCGUUUCUCUUGCUGAACGCAGCCGGAACAAACUCAUAUGAUCUCAAUGGCCCUUCACAACCGCUCCGUCGGCUGUUUCCCUUCAUUGCGAACUCUGAUUCAGUUGUUGAACAAGAAAAGCCUCUUGAUUAUCCUGUGGCAUUCCUUACACAGGCCGAAAGCUCACGGGUGGCGAGUCCCUCUGUCGUCUCGACCUCCUCUGGCGGAGCAUCUGGACGAUCGUCGGGUGCACCCCUUGUAGAGAGCUCAUCAGACGAGGCCUCACCAGGAACUUCGAUAUUUUCAUGGUUUUACCCAGAAGACGAGUUAGACUCGCCUGUCUCAUCCUCCAGCACAGUUUCCUCUGACACACAGUCUGAGGGGAAUGCGCCAUCAGGGAGUUCACAGCCUUUGGGAAGUUCCCCAUUAGGAAGCAUCAUUUCUGUGAGCUCUAGCAGUAGUGACUCGAACCAGCUUUCUUCCUCUGGAAGUCAAUCAUCCUUACAGAGCACCCCUGACGGAGCGAACAGCGCUGUACCUUUAAGGGGAAGCUCUCCUUCGAGUGAAGAGCCCGCCGGCAGCUCCAUACCCAUUGCAGGGGGGCCUUCAAGCAGGGAUUCCGCUAUUCAGAGUGGAAGCAACUUUUUCAGCACUCUUCCAGCUGUACAUGGCCCCUCAAGCAGUGCUCAGCUGAUUCAGGAGCAGGCUCCGACAAUUUCUAGCCCAAGUCAUCCUCAAUCAUCCUACCCUCCACAGCUGUCGGAGUCUUCUGACGCGAGUGUUGACAGCACCCAAUCGCCUGUGGUAACUGUUCCAUCCGUGGAGGAGCCAAGCGCCUCAUCGGAAAUUAAAUGGUGGCGCUCUAGGUCAGAGGCUGAGCAUAGCCCCUCCUUUAGCUCUGACAGUUCUCGCGUGGUGAGAGACGAUGACAAGGCACACGACCCCUCGGUACGGACUGGUGACUCAGAGGAUACUGAGGAUUCGGAGGAGCAGGCUAGCCAGAGUCUCAAAGAAGCAGCACAAGAAACGUACAGCGCUUCAGAGACGCUACAACAGGUCAUUCAAACCUUCGAAGAUGGUGACAGCAGUGAAACCGAUGGCGAAGAGACUCAAGAGCAGCAGACUGAGACAGGCCUAGGCCCAGAGGAAGAAGCUCCAAAAGAAAGAGCUGACAGUUCCGAUGGUGAUGAGUCUGUAGCAGUACCCGAAGGAGAGGCUAAUUCCAGCGAGGAGGUAAGCACCACGCCUGCGGCAGACGCCGAAGAACCUGAUUCCAACGAAGCGGUUGGUAGAACAGAGAGUGAUGGAAGCUUUGCAGACGAUGCGGAAUCCGGAUCCGGCAGCACUGAGGAUGAAGCGUCGAGUAAUGGCCCUGUGUCUGAAGAGAUUCCCGUGAGUAGUGAUGAGCCAUCUGAUGCCUCCGACGAAGUGGAGGAGGAAGACCAAGAUGUGGACGCUGAAAACCUGGUCCAAGCUGUCAAGAGAGCGAAUGAUGAAGCUGAAUCUCUUGAGAAGGUCACUGAAGAUGCCCAGAAUGCAAGUGAUGCCUCAUCUAGUUCCGAUCCAUCGGCAGGCCCGGAAGAGGAUAAAGGGGGUGGCAGCACUGAGGGAAGGUCCGAUGAUCAAUCAGAGUCCCGGCAUGACGAUGCUUCUAAGGCCAAGCCAGCAGGUGAACAGAGUGGACGAAACCAAACUGACAGUGCUGAGGAGGAGCUUUUGAUUGCUGACGACUUGGAAGCUGCUGCAGAAAGGGCACAGGCCACGGCAGAGGCUCUAGAGAGGGCUGCCGAAGACGCUCUCCUCGCCGCAGAUGCCGCGAGGUCUGCCUCUGAAUCCCACUCCACCUCAGUAAACGCAGCGGCAGAUGAUGAAGACGCAUACAUACGCAAGGAACGACGACAAAACGGGAGGGUGGGAUCUGAAAGUAGAUCUGAUGUCAUCUCCACUGGCUCGGGAAGCAGGGCUGGAGACAGGUCUGAUGACAGGUCUGACGGCAAACGCCAGGGCAGCCCUGGAAGAUCGGGUAACUGGUCGGGAAGAUCUGAGCGGGCGGGGGAAAAUUUGGCUGGUGUGAGUUCUUCCUGGUCGGGAAACCCGCAGACCAGGCCUAGUAGUUCCAGGGGGUCCGAGGACCGAUCCAUCGGGAACAACUCGGGUGUGGAAGGCCCUGAUGGAGGGUUCAAAAAUAAUGUGACCAGCUCUGAAGGCAACAGGUUCGACAGUGAAGUACGCCUCAGCUCUGAAGGCAGCACGUUCGACAGUGAAGAUGCGGACAGCUCUGAAGGCAGCACGUUCGACAGUGAAGAUGCGGACAGCUCUGAAGGCAGCACGUUAGACAGUGAAGAUGACAGGUUAGAGAGGCACAACGAUGGAAGCUCUCCUGAUGGGUACCAUGUUGCUAACUCUAAUGAAAACGGCUUCAAGAACAAUGCAGAUACGUCUGAAGAUCCAUCUUACGGGAACUAUCCUGAAGAUCAUUCUGAAGAUCAUUCUGAAAAAGAUCAUUCUGAAAAAGAUCGACCUGAAGAAGAAGAUCGACCUGAAGAAGAAGAUCGACCUGAAGAAGAAGAUCGACCUGAAGAAGAAGG